GAUUGUUCGACGCUUAACCCAUGAUACUCUCUGACAGUUCACCCUCGACCCUCUCUCCCAACUUCCCAACUUCAAACUAAUCCAAGCGUUCAACAAAUCAGGAUCAUGUUGUUAAUGAGUCGGACUCUUCUUCCUACGCAUCUUCAAUGGAGACCUCCGGUGAUUCCAAUCGCUACAGCGUGCUUCGCUUCUUCUCAAGCUCUCAACACAGACCAACUCCGAGAACAGCUUGAUCAUCUAAACAAGGAAGCUAACCAGACAAGACGCAAAGCAAAUAAUGCAAGACUGAGGCUACUAAGGUUGUCUGAAGUAGCAGACAAACUUCGAAGGCAAGCUGCAAUUAGUGUUCGAUCUGGGAAGGAGGAUGAUGCCAGGGAACUGCUUUUCCAAAAGAAAAAGGUUUUGCAAGCUAUGGAGAAGUCAAAGAAUCGCAUUGAAUUGCUUGAUGAACUUGCUGCAAAACUUAAUGAGGUCUAAUUUAUUGACUCUUUAGGGUUCUUCACGAUCUUUUUUACUACCUCCACGCCCCUAACAUUGAGACAAAAAGGAGUAGUGCGGUUAUUAAAAAAAGUGAAAUUGUGUGAUUGAUAAUGUAAACAACGUAAGAAUGACUUAUAACUAUCCAAAAUUUUAGCAAAUAUGGUAUGGGACAUUUUAGUGAGAUGGACAAAAAAGAUAAAAUGGGACGAAUAUAGGGGGAUGGAGGGAGUACUAUAUAAAACUCCCUAGUCCUUUUUACUACUGAUUGAUCAAACAUUCAUUUUUUCUCCCUUAUUUUCUAUAACGUUUUAAAUAUCUUUUUAAUUCAGUUGUACUUGUUUAGUAUUACGUAGUAUAUUUCACAUUGUUGCUAAACAUUUAAGUUAAGUCACUAUCAAUGAGCAUAUUCUUACAAUUAUCAUACUUGUAAAUGGUUUCAGCCUUGACUUGUUUGACUAACCACACAUCCAUUUUGGGAGGAGUAAUUAUUUUCACAUAAAAGUUACCAACUGGUGCCCUUAUCAACAAUUUUUUAUGUAAUAAUUCAAUUUUCCACCCAUGACAAUCAGAUUUUUUCUCUGAUUGGAAAUUCUUUCUUGAUGAAAACCACAGCUACUCUGCUUCUCACUUGAGUAACGGGAAGAAUUUGUGUCCUAAUAAUUUUUUCUUUAGUUAUUCAUUUUCUAAUUCGGCAACUAAAUCUGAUUUAAGGCAAUAUCAAUGAGGGAGACACAACUGAUUGGCAAUGCUUCUUUAGAACUUGAAGUUAUAGCCGAAAAUAUUCCUAGUGUUGUUAGAAUAGUGUCUGUCAGCGAGAAUGAUUGUAACAAUUCAGAAGGAAAUGAAGUUCACAUACGGGAAGAUGUCGAGGUUUGUAAUCCUCAAGAACUUCAACAUCUUAAUCACAGUGUGGCAGACCCUGAAGCUGAUAACGAGGCAUCAGCUAGCGGGAACAUGUGGAGUGAAGCUGACAGUCUGGAUAGCUUGAAUGGAAUAUCUUCAUAUGAGCACUUUGUGGAACAUAUAAAUCUAGAACUCAAAAAAAUUGAAGAUGAAGUAGUCGCAGUUUUGAGAUAUGCAGGCUUAGUUAUUGAAAGCAAAGAGAAACUUGAAAAUUUAAAGAUUCAACAACUGCUGGACAUAUUAGAUAGCAUUCAACAUAUCAGAGAGAGGUACUCUUCAACACAUCUAGCAACUGUUACCUUUUAAGUUCUGGUUGACUGGUUGCUCAUCUUUUUCAUGCCUUUCCUAAACAUUAUGCGUUUUGGUAUGUUUCUCAUCAUUGCUUUUGAUUAUGGAAUAUCUAUAUUUUAUAAUUGUGAUUAUGUAUGGUGUGGGAUACAUUAUAAUGAAGUAACUUAUGGUUUAAUAGCCUGCUUAAUUGUGCUAUUUCGGUGCUCAAAUAUGUUUUUUUUGUUCUUUUUUAUAAUGUCCAUUCAAAACUAGUUAGCUUCAAAUCUAAUUUGUAAUAUAUCUAAUUUUUUGUCUAGGUUCCCACCUAGGUACCUGGUUGUGGAACCGAAAACCUUCAACAACAACAACAAACAUCCAAGGCUUAAUCCUAAAAGAGUUUGGCUCGGCUAACAUGAAUCUACACUAAAAAAUGAACCGAAAUCUUCUUGCACUAAAAAAUUUCUCAGACACUGCGUCUAGGUACCUGCUGCAGCAUUGAAAAGCUGGAAUGACAUUGCAUUAUUUAUCCAUUUCUUAAAUUUGCUUCACAGUCCACAACUUCACAUCAUGUUUACCCAUUUUUUCAUUUUCCAAGUUUCAUCAUUUGCUAAAACCCAAGGCACUCACAUUUCGAAUCUACUUGUCUCAAGUUUGUUACAUUUGGUACGACUUGUAUAACGUUUUUUCUGCUUUGGAGUUAGGUUGAAUCAAGUACUGCAAUGUGUAUUUACGUUGGAAUUGUGUCAUCUUUCAACAACAUAUUGGUAUUGUUGUAUUUAACUUUAGUAGCUUUCCUAGUUGCCUAGGAGUGAGUUGUGCCAGCGAAACUUAGAACACUAAAUGUUUUUCUUCACUUGUUUGGAAUAUGUUCCCUUUACCGCAUCAAUGACUUAAUGGUUGUAGAGCAGACAUGAUGAUCCAUACAGAAAGUGGAUUAUUUAAUCUUUAACCUUAGAAAUUGAAUUGAAUAUGCUUAUCCAUGCAGGCAUCGUAUUUCUUUCUUGUUUGAAACAAUGUUCGAAUAUUUGCAGACUAGAAAUUAAAGGAUCAUCCCCAGAAAAAUGAGCAUCAAGUGAGGCUUCACGUUGCUGCUAUGGUGAUGUUAAAGCUUUACUCAUUUCUCAUACUCCAUAUAUGUUUUCCCAAGGUCAUGGAGACAAUUAUUUUUAGUAGAGCAAUCGGCUAAUGUCAACAUAUAAGUGAAGUACGGAGUAUAUACUAUCCUCCUUAUCUUAAUAGUUGCAACAUUGGAAUUUACAACACUAUUCAUAUACUCUACUUUGACUAGAUUUUAUUUAUUAUGUAUGUUAAUUAUUAUUUUUGAAAAAUAUUGUUGAAUUCGUC